GUCAUCCAUUUUACUCUCUGGGGGCUGAAAUCCCUCUAGAGAUCCUGUGGAGGAACUCAGAUCAGUGGAGUCGGUGUGUUUUAAUGCAGAGCAGCCGACCCGUUGGGAUCCGGUCCUUGUUUUCUGACCGUCCCGGGGGUUGGGAAACUGCUGGAAAGUUCAGACAGACACACUCCGUCACGCUACGCACGGCAGGCAGCUCAGAGAUGAAGGGUUUUGUCUGCACCACAGGCAGAAAAGGAUUGCUCACAACUUUCCAAGAAGGAUGUUUUUCAUAUGUCGCUCACAGCCUCUCAGGGACUCUAUGACAAACAUGUGUUUGUUUGUUCCAAAGCAAACAGUGGAAUGGCUGUUUUAGCUGUCGCUCACCCUCACGUCGGACAGGUAGAAAAAGAAAGUAGAGGAGAGGGGAGAAUGCAACCAGCCAGCCACCAUCCAGCCUUUUGCUGUGCUGCUGCUGAAUGCUGAGUAUAAGGCUGCAGGGUUAUGGAGGUGGCACAGAGGCUUUGCUCAGGCUUGUUUGAAGUUUUUUUUCCCAUGUCAAAGGUAAAGGAUUACCCGGGGGGUUGGAAUGCAGCCUGGAAGUGAAGGUCUCAGAGAGCUACCUUAAACACCACCACACCGGGGAGAGGAGUGUGAGAUUAUGUUUGCUUUGCGACUGUGUGUAUGUAGGUGUGUGCGUGUAGGUUAGGCUAGUUUGUGCAUGCCUGUGUGUGUGGGGGAGUUCAGGGUAGUGCCAUGCUACUGCUGAGCAGUCGGGCUACGGAGCAGGCUAUCCCCGGGGCCACAAGCAAAGCUGUAACAGCCCACCAGUCAGGAGGAGGUAGGACCACGGUGUAUCACAUCUCUGUCAUCCUGAAUGGAACUUUGGGGCAUGAGGGGGUGGGUGAGGGGGUGGGGGUGAGGGAGGGCCUGGCCGCCAGACACGCCUCCCUGGAGCAGAGUCAUCCGGCAGCCAGGAGCACCAGGGCACGGCCACAGGCGCUGCAGGGGAAGGAGGGACACUUCAGGCUUGGCAGGUGGCCCUCCCUGAGCCGUACAGGCAGAGUGGGGGGGAGGAGGGAGGAGGCAGUGCAGGAGGAGGAGGAGGAGGGAAGAAAAAUGAAGACGGACCGGUUUCUCCAACUCCAACAGUUCUCUAGUAACUCAGCAGCUCCAGCAGCAGCCCAUCCUUCUCAGAUUGACUGGGAGACUGCAGCGGUAGGAGUAGAGGUAAAGGCAGCUACAGCAGCUCUAGAGCAACAGAAGACCCAGGUAGAGACCCAGGCACAGGACAUUUCUCCCCAGACUGAAGUGCCUCUCCCUGGGCAUCAUGGUGGUGUCCCUGCCGGUGGUGUUCUGGCCGGUGGUGGCUCUCCACCCCGGGCUGUGCUCCGCAGGAGGCCAUCCCAGGACGGUGCUGCUCCACACAACAGGAGGGCGGUGAGCAUGUAUGGAGCCGCAGCCAGGCAGCAUCGAGGCUCGCUAAGCCGCCAGGACAGACAGGACAGGCCCAGGAGUGUGUGCAUGCUCGCAGGCCCCAACCUAAACCCUACCCUAUCAGAGCCCGGGUCCCACUCCCAACAGACCUCCAGGAGGGGGGCUACAAGGUCUCUGGACGGUCCCCCACAGCAGCGCUGGACCAGGAGGGCAGAGCUGCGGGCGGUGGACGGCCUUAAGCCAGGGGUGCUCCCUCAGUGGACGGUGGCGGGGGCUGAGGAGAAGGUGGUCCCCAGGGUCCGGCAGCAGACCUGGAAACCGAGACCGGUCAGCAUGACUGUGUUGGAGCUGAGGAAGAAGGCCUCGGGGUCUCAGGAGGGGCUGGACAGCCAAGGAGGAAGCCAGGGGGGAGGUCUAUUUGGCCGCUGGAGGCUGUUCGGCCGACCAGCUCAGGACAAGGAGAAGGAGGAAGCCCCAGACCCAGGCUCCAAGCCCAGCAGCAAGCCAGAUGCCCCGAAGAAGACCCUGAGUUCCUUACGCCGGAGCCUCAGUCUGCGGAUCAGGAGGAACCGGCCGCGGGAGAGAGUGGACAUUUCUGAGGUGACAGCAGAGGAACGCUCACGCACUACAAGUAUGGAGCAGGAGACAUCUCUCCCCUUGCGGCCCUUCUCCUAUCUGACUGGGAGGACCCUGCCACCUCCUUGCGAGAGGGACGAUGAUGGAGGGAGGCAGUUCAUUCAUUACCACAGCCAGGGCAAGGUUAAGGUGAUGGAGGUGCCCCUCUACCCAGCCAAACUGUCCUCCUCUACUAAACCGGCCCAGGAGGAGCCCAGCCUAUGGCAGCUCAUAGCCAGACGCUUUAGGAGGAAGGAGCAGCAGCAACCGUCCAACGGUAAAUGUGAACUCCAGCCCCGACACCAGAGCAAAGAGACUGGCAAAUAUACCCUGGGCAGGAUUAAAAAGCCUCAGUCAGUUGCAAUAGAGACUCUGGCAGACUGCAACAAAGUUCAAGACUCUUUCGUCAAUAGCCAGGAAUGGACAUUGAGUCGAUCAGUGCCAGAGCUCAAAGUGGGUAUUGUGGGUAAUCUGUCGAGUGGGAAGUCUGCCUUGGUCCACCGGUACCUGACAGGCACAUAUGUGCAGGAGGAAUCUCCUGAAGGUGGUCGGUUCAAGAAGGAGAUGGUGGUUGAUGGACAGAGCUACCUGCUGCUGAUCAGAGAUGAGGGAGGCCCCCCGGAGCUGCAGUUUGCAGCAUGGGUAGACGCUGUGGUGUUUGUCUUCAGUCUGGAGGAUGAGAUCAGUUUUCAGACAGUCUACAACUAUUUCCUGCGUCUGUCCAGCUACAGGAACACAGCAGAAGUCCCCAUGGUCCUGGUUGGGACACAAGAUGCCAUCAGUGCUGCCAACCCCAGAGUGAUCGAUGACUCGCGGGCGAGGAAGCUGUCCAACGAUCUGAAGCGCUCCACCUACUACGAGACCUGCUCCACCUAUGGCCUCAAUGUGGAACGAGUCUUCCAGGAUGUUGCCCAGAAGGUGGUGGCUCUGAGGAAAAAGCAGCAGCUGUCUAUUGGUCCGUGCAAGUCCCUGCCCAACUCUCCCAGCCACUCAUCAGUCCCCAACGCAUCCAUCCCCUCUGUGCAUAUUAACCAGUCGGCAAACGGCGGGGGUGUGUUCAGCGACUACUCCUCCUCUGUGCCCUCCACUCCCAGCAUUAGCCAGAGGGAGAUGCGUAUCGAGACCAUUGCUGCCUCCAACACGCCCACACCCAUUCGCAAGCAGUCCAAGCGCCGCUCCAACAUCUUCACUUCACGGAAAGCCAACAGUGAACAGGCAAAGAACACUGACAGUAAAACAGAUAGCAUAGGCAGUGGAAGGGCCAUACCCAUCAAACAGGGCAUCCUUCUGAAGAGAAGUGGGAAGUCCCUGAAUAAGGAGUGGAAGAAGAAAUAUGUCACACUGUGUGACAACGGCCUUCUCACCUACCACCCCAGUUUACAUGACUACAUGCAGAAUGUGCACGGUAAAGAGAUUGACCUGUUAAGGACCACGGUCAAGGUGCCAGGGAAGCGACCACCCAGAGCGGUCACCACCAUCGCCCCCACCACCAGCCCCAAGACCAACGGGCUGACCAAGGACCGUAGCACCCUGCAGCUAGGAGUGGGCACUGCAGGUGCGCCCCACUCUAACAGUAGUACGUCCCUCCAGUCAGAGCAUUCGGUCGGCGGGGGAAAUCUGGUGGGCUUCGGGGGCAGUAAAGACGGCAUGCACCAACGCUCCUUCUCUGUGUCCAGCGCUGACCAAUGGAACGAGGCUGUCAUCAACACAAGUGCAAGCACCGGGACUGCCAACGGGAUGGCCGAGCCCCUGACCUGCAGCUCUGGGGUGGGCAGUGCCACCAGUCCCAAGCAGGAGCCUCCCCCCUCGCCUCACUCCAACCGCAAGAGACACAGACGGAAAAAGAGCACAGGCAUCACCAAGCCAGACGGACCAUCUACAGGCAACGAAGAGUCGGAGGAGUCGUUUGAGUUCACCAUUGUGUCUCUGACAGGCCAGAUGUGGUACUUCGAAGCGUCUACGUUUGAGGAGAGAGAGCUGUGGGUCACAGCCAUUGAGAGCCAGAUUUUUGCCAGCCUGCAGUCCUGUGAGAGCAUGAAGAACAAGUCCCGGUUAGGCAGCCAAAGUGACGCGGCUUCCAUUCAGUCCAUAAGGAACGUGAGAGGGAACAGCUUCUGUGUGGACUGUGAUACAGCCAACCCUGACUGGGCCAGUCUGAACCUGGGGGCUCUGAUCUGUAUAGAGUGCUCAGGGAUCCACAGGAACCUGGGGACCCACCUGUCGAGGGUGAGGUCUCUGGACCUGGAUGACUGGCCUGUGGAGCUCAGCAUGGUGCUGAUGGCUAUAGGCAACACCAUGGCCAACAGUGUCUGGGAGGGGGCCCUGGAGGGGUACACCAAGGUGGGCGCUGACAGCACCAGGGAGGAGAGGGAGCGUUGGAUCCGGGCAAAGUAUGAACAAAAGCUGUUCCUUAUGGAUGUCCCCCAGUCGGACGUGCCCCUGGGGCAGCAGCUGCUUCGGGCUGUGGUGGAGGACGACCUGAGGCUGGUGGUGCUGCUGCUAGCCCACGGCACCAAGGAGGAGGUCAACGAGACGUAUGGGGACGGGGACGGACGCACUGCCCUGCACCUGUCCUGCGCCAUGGCCAAUGUGGUCAUCACCCAGCUUCUCAUCUGGUAUGGUGUGGAUGUGAAGAGUCGGGACGCGCGCGGCCAGACGCCGCUGUCCUGCGCCCGGCGGGCAGGAAGCCAGGAAUGUUCUGACAUCCUGCUCCAGCACGGCUGCCCCAAUGACCCCGUCAGCAGCCUGACCACACCCAACAUGAGCCGCAGAAACCCCGAUGUUAACCCUAACCCUAACGUCAACAAUAACAACGCCCUCGGUGAACUCAACCGCAGUGUCAGUAUCAUGUAGGACCAGGAGUGGAUCUGACCGGACUCACGGAUCACCAAGGCCCCUGAACAUACACAUACUGUGUCCCCAUAGACUACCCAGUGAUCGUACUACUUUCCCAGUGUCCAGUCCUCAUUCUCCUCUACUUCAUAUUGUGUAACCUAGACUGAGUAACUGACAGUGGAGUUUCUGCAACGGACAGGAUAGAGAUAUUCCACGACACUGAGAGAGGUGCUUACCUGGUGGACAUUGUAUAUUGUAUUUGUUUAGUUGUUUUUCUCAUAUAUCAUCACCACAGAGGUGAAUCUCUGUCAGAAACGAUCAUGAUCAGCUUUAAAGCUUGUUAUUGUUAUUAAGCAUCAACCAAAUGAAUGGCUCAAGAUUUCUUUGUGUUUUUGGCAUUCACCUCUCCUCUCCCCACUCUGUACUAAAACAUUUCCUUUCAGGUCUUCAUCUGUUGGAGCCAGACUGGGUAUUUAUUCGACUGUUAUAUGAAAUGACUAAUUCCAUCCAUUCAUGCUUCCAUGCCUACAUGGAGAAAUAUAAACACCUUCGUAACAUUUUGCAUUAGAUACUCAAAAGGAACUGCUAUGUUGGAUGCACAGUGAUACCAUGCAUAGUCAGGUACCAUGGUAAGUGAUACCAUGCAUAGUCAGGUACCAUGGUAAGUGAUACCAUGCAUAGUCAGGUACCAUGGUAAGUGAUACCAUGCAUAGUCAGGUACCAUGGUAAGUGAUGCCAUGCAUAGUCAGGUACCAUGGUAAGUGAUACCAUGCAUAUCAGGUACCAUGGUAAAUGAUACCAUGCAUAGUCAGGUACCAUGGUAAGUGAUACCAUGCAUAGUCAGGUACCAUGGUAAGUGAUGCCAUGCAUAGUCAGGUACCAUGGUAAGUGAUACCAUGCAUAGUCAGGUACCAUGGUAAGUGAUACCAUGCAUACAGGAAAGAAACUAUUACUAUCGAUAAUGUAAUAGAGUUUACGAAGGUGUUUAUCUUUCUCCAUGUAGGCAGUAAGGUCCUCCAUAAUCCAUGUCCCACCAAUAUCACAAUUAUUAAGGUUCUAUUUGACCCAGUUAUUAUUGGUACUAUUAAGCUAUCAAACUCUUGACAUGCCAUUCGUGUACAAAAGCAUGUCUUGAUGGAAGAUCAAAAAUGAUUUAUAUACUUUACUUAGGGGCAAAAGGUUUAAACCACAAUUUGAGAUUUAAGAAAUGAUUGCACAAUGGGAGAAUUUUGGAAGAUAGUAAAGUGAUUUAAUUUGUUGCCCUUGCAAAUCAUCCAUUAUUAUAAGGGAAUUGAUGGGUCUGUUUUAUGAGCACCGGGCCGAAUAUUUUUUGUAAAGAUUCCUCUUCAAUCAGAAAUCUUUCACAGGGAUGAUUGAAGGAAGGAAAUUGUAUCAUUAAGACAUCUUUGUUGGAGUAAUUUCUGAACAGGUUGAAGAGUGUUGAUAAUUACUUGACACAUCACAUUAUCCUAAACCAAUUUUCUAACUACUACAGGCGUAAUGGAAUAUCUGUUCACCUCCUGUGGCCGAAGGCCCUGUAUAUUGGUACUCAUGAUAUUAUUUCUUCUGUUGUUGCUAUGAACAAUGUUUUACGUGUGUGUGCGUGUGUGUGCUUAUGUAUGAGUGUGUGAGUGAAAGAGAGAGAGAGCAAGCAACUGAGUAAAUCUGUGUAAGGACACCAUUUGGGAGGAAAGGUUAACAUUUAUAGUUGUUUGACUAAAAUAUGUUUUCAAGUGUACAGACCUAAAGUAGCUCUUUCUCCUAUAAGAUUUAUCCUGAAACAUUGUGGAUUAACUUGGACUUCUGGAGUCGUAAUUUCCUCUCCAACUGACUUUAACCGACCAUCCUUACUCAAUGGACCUAACCAAGUACAUUCAAGUGUCAAACUGUUGAGAUGGCAACUGAACGGGUCAAGAUGAUGGAUGAAGAGAAAUGCUGCGAUGACUUGAGACACUAUGGUAAUUCUUCAUAAUAAUAUCACAUGUAUAUAUCAGUACUGGGACAAGAUAAAGGAGGAAGGGCUUUGACCACAGGAAUAUUCAAGUGAUAUUGGUAUAAAGUCUAUAGAGACAUGUAGUUUUCCUCGCUCUUCCACUGUUUUAAGGCUUGAAGUUAAAACCCUGUUUUCUGGUUUUACUAUGGCGGUGUUUAUGUUUACAGGGAAAAGGCUCUUCAUAUUAACCCUGGUACUUUAUGUACAUGGUUUUGUUGAUUCCCAGCGGGCAUAACUGGUUAGAAUUAUAUCAGUAUAACCAUAUUACAAUCUGGUUGUAAACUGGUUGGAAUGACAUAAUUUAACCCAGCUUGGCUCAGUGUAUUCCCUCUGUAUUUGUAGUUUAUUGAAGCUCACAGAAUAUCAAUGGGGCUCCCGAGCAGCGCAGUGGUCUAAGGCACUGCAUCUCAGUGCACGAUGCGUCACUACAGUCCCUGGUUCGAUUCCAGGCUGUAUCACAGUCGACCGUGAUUGGGAGUCCCAUAGGGCGGCGCACAAUUGGCCCAGCAUUGUCUGAGUUUGGCCGGGGUAGGCCAUCAUUGUAAAUAAGAAUUUGUUCUUAACUGACUUGCCUAGUUAAAUAAAGGUUAAAUAAAUAACCAAAUUACAUUUUGACUGAUGGUCAACAGAGCUUGUAGACAGCCUUAAGUUAUAACGGUACAUUGACAAGUUUUUUUUUUUCCUUAGGUGUACAGUAUGUGUAUAAACCACCAUGGCACCAGCUUAAUUAAAUACAUUCUUGAGUAAAUUUCCAAGUAUGUCUGAUAUACGGUAGUAGAUUAUUUCUUAUAGGAGUUUACGGUAUAUAUUUACCUGAUGCCAUAGUACCUUUUUCACCCUUGUAAUAUUUCCCUUCCCCACUGCUCUUAAUGUUGCCUGACUAUAAACAUUAUUCAUUCUAAGCAAAGUGUUUUCCCCCAAAGACAGGCUGUUCUGACAUGGCACCCUAUUCCCUAAAUAGUGCACUAUUUUUGAUCAGAGCUCAAUGCGUGACCUGGUCAAAAGUAGUGCACUAUAAGGGAGAAGGUUAAUUACCAUCUCGGACACACCCAGGAUGUACGGUAGAUAUGGGUCCAAGAUCCUCUAUGACCAGACAAGCUUCCAGACAAACAAUUGAAAAUAUUUGAGUUUCCGGUCACUCUUUUUUACUUGUCAACCCUAUUUUUAUAUCUUGUUAAAUUUUUCCUCUUUUUUUUAAAGCAUAUUUUUAGGUACUUUGGUCUCAAUGUAUCUACAUUAUCUGACACUUUGAGGUACUCUGUGUAUAAUGAUGUACAUUUGACAUAUUUAUAAUGCAGUAUGUAAAUAUGGUUUGGUUUUUUUCGUUUAAUUUUCCCGUUAUUUUUUUUCUCUGUUUACGUUUAGAACGUGAAACAAAGGUUAAAGCUAAAGGGUUACCUGCAGCGUGAUUGGACGCUUGGAUGACUGUUGAACUAUUCAAACACUCCAAUAAAACAAUGUAGCCUUUCCUGGAUUUGGGAAAUAACAAAAAAGAUGAAA